CGUCAAUUUUUGAAGUUUCAUGUUAUGUUAUCAAAUCUGUGUGGAGCAAAAAUGUAAUUAAAAAAGUUAAAAUUUCUUUUUUAAAGAUUAAAUUUAAAUUAUAUAAAAACCAAGUACAUGUAAGAAAUAAUAAUUUAAUAAAAUACAACCAUGGAAGUAAAUCCUCUUGCCGUCAUUAUCGUCAAUUCCGAUAGCAAAGGUGAUCGCUUACUCUUUCGAUAUCCUUAUCGUAUCGAAUCAGAUAUUGGUGUAAUAAACAAAAAUAAAAAACGCAAUCCCUAUGCAAUAAACACCUCAGACGAUAUUCUACAAAAACCACCACAACAUGCUUCCAAUAUAACAAAAGGUCAUCUAACUGGCUUUACCGAUGAAGUGUUAUCAACACUUUUUGCCGUCAAAUCUGAAUUGUGCAAUCAGAAAUUCGAACUCAAAGUAAACGAUGUGCGUUUUGUAAGUCAUCCAACUUUAAUGCAACGUAAAGAGUUUCGUAAGUCUUCAUCGACUGAAAGACACUUGAUUUUAAUAAAUAUAGUCUUUGCUUUGCAUGCGCAAGCAUCAUUUUCCAUUGUCAAAAGUUAUUAUCAAUUGAGUAAGAAAUUAGGCUUAGCUUUGAAAAUGGAAGAACAACGCGUAGGUUAUCUCUCCGAGGAGAUAAGUGACAUGAUUAAAACUCAUGAUGAAGUUGCCAAUAUGAUGGAAUUAGACAGUGGCGUUGGUAGCGAACGUGAUUUGUCUGCUUUUGAUAUGAUUUUAGAAAAGUCUAGUCUAGCUCAAGCAAUUCGGGCAGUACAUCAGGAUCUUUGUACAACGGGUCUUUUAAAUACAACUUUGAAUAAUUCACUUACAUUGAGUUUCUGUUUGCCACAGAAAGCUCAUCAGAGUCAUAAAAAAGGUUGUAUUGUUGAGCCAGAGGCAAUUGAUAAAUGUUUGAAAUCUCUAAAACCAUAUCAUGGAAUGUUGUUGCUCGUUGAUUUUGCUGAGCUUUUAGACUGUGUACCGCCUUCUGGUGCCAGUAUGCUUUUACAGUUCUUUGAAGUCUAUAAUCCUUUAAAGAGCUUGCAAAAUAUGGCAUCAGAUGCGGAUUUACAUAUCGAUCAUGUUAACAAGUUGGUUGGGCAUCUUGUCUAUUGGGCAAAAGCCACAAUUAUUUAUCCUCUUUGUGAAACUAACGUCUACGUUAUAGCUCCCGAUGCUCCUCUCCACACAAAGUCACAUUUGGUUGAGAAAUUUGCAGCUCGUUUCUCGGGAAUGUCUCUAUUCGAGGUGAUUAGUGAUUUUUCCUUACCCACAUCGAUUGGACACUUGACAACACCUCUACAGCAAACAGCUCGUCAGAGAAUAUUAGCUCAAAUGGUUUUGUGGAUGUUGCAACAUCAUUUAUUGAUGCAGCUGCAUACUUAUGUGCAAUUUAUGCCAAGUGACAUGACAGACUGUGACAAUCGUUCGAUUGAUUUCAAUAACGAUGUGAUUAGACGAGAUGAUGAUACGGAACAGGAUAUUGAUGAAGUGUUGGAUGAUGAGAUUCCACGUAGUAGUCUGGGGCAAACGAGCGAUGAUGAUUUAAAUGAUGGUUCCAUGUUGAGUAUGUCCAGUCAACCCCUUCCAGUACCGAAUAUCAGUGGACGUUCAAUAACAGAAGAUAGAUAUUCUGCCGCUGGAUCGACAGUAUCUGAUAAUAUUGCUGCUCAGCCAAGUUCAAGUCAUAAAUCGAAUUUUAGUAUGACAGCAUCAAUGAGCACUGACAAUUGUGAUAGUAUAGAUUCCAUUGAAGAUGAAGAAAAAAUCAAAGAUUUACUUAAUGUAUUCCAAAUACAAGAUCGCAAUGCAAUACAACGCAUCCCAGCAUCGGCUAAUGUAGAUGAUUUAUCGCUUAUGGUAAAGUUAUAUCAGGCGGGUUAUUUUAAAAGCGAACAUCAUUUAGAAGAGAUAAUGUACUUUGAGAAUUUAAGGCGAUGGCAAUUGUUACAAUUGCUUGAUAAGUUUCGAGAUGUUUUGGUUAUUUAUGAAACAGAAGAUCCUGCAAUUGCGUCUAUGUAUCAGAAUACUGUAAACAUAAAUUGAAUGUUUUGUUUUAGAUAGUAGUAGUGAUAAGAUAAGUAAAGUUAAGUAUACGAGUAUGUGUAAAUAAAUAUGUAAA